AUGAAAGUGGUAAUUCGUCCUCGUAUCAGACCUGACCAUGAUAUUGUUUGGUGGAGGAAGAUUGGCUAUGGUGAUUCUACGAAUAAGCUUCUGAACGCUGUAGAUGUUCUCUCCUAUAUUAGAUCUUUUCUAGGUGUUGGUCAUUUUUACAACGAUCUCUGCGCUAGUAUGUGGUUUACGUAUCUUAUGAUAUAUUUGGAGAAAGUGCUGAAAUUUCGGAGCUCUCGCGCAGGUUUACUGAUGCUGAUCGGACAGGUGACCGAUGCUAUAGCCACACCCCUUAUUGGGAUUGCUAGCGACUCAAGUUUAUUACCGAAAUUUUUCGAUAAAAUUGGACGAAGGAUGUCGUGGCAUAUUAUAGAGUUGUCAUCACUUGAUAGCAGUCGGACUACAAUGAACUCAUUAAGAUAUUCCUUUACUGUUAUAGCUAAUCUGUCAGUUUUUCUCGUACUUGCUUGGUUUUUAUCUGAAAAUACUAAACAUUCUCAGAUUGGACCGAGUGAUUUCGUUUAUUUCCGGAUUGCGCUGCUAUACAUGCUAUCACGUCUGUACGUAAACAUAUCGCAGGUUUAUUUCCCCUUUUACAUAACUUUGACUCAGAAUUACGCUAAGAAAUAUGUUGCUAUUUUCCCCAUGGUUUCCUACCUUUCGUCCUUUCUUGUAUCAGGUUUCACUGGAAUCCCUUGGUUUAAUCGUGUUGUUAACAGAAAGUUGCUUUUCCUAAUUGGAUUGGUCUGUGGUGUUGGAACUUGUGUCUGGAUGUUACAUGAUCUUCCUUUAUAUCAAAUGUAUGCAGUUGCUGCUUUCAUAGGCGUUGCACAAGCCAUACUCUUGAUCACUUCAUUGUCGAUUACUGCUGAUCUCAUUAAUAAGAACACGGAAAGUGGAGCUUUUGUAUACGGUGCAAUGAGUUUUGUGGAUAAACUUGCCAACGGUUUAAGUUAUCAGAUCAUCGAAUUAUGGAAUCCGUCAUGCGACCCUACACAACCACAUACUGCAUGCACCUUGUUUUACCGGAUCAUUAUGGUCUACGUCCCAGGUGGAUGUCUCCUGCUUGCUCUUAUUAUUUUGCUAUCACUUCUUCCUUCGCAGAUUGGGCAUCGCAUAAGGAGGGGGCGCAGUGAGUUCCGAGCUUUACGCAUAGCCAUCCUUCUAACGACCCCCUAA